AUGCUGGCGGAAAAGGGCCCCAGCUUGCUCCUCCAUGGCGGGAGGAGGUCUAUUAUAGGUUUACUGUUAGCCGGCGCCUCUUUUUUCUUUCUCAUCCUCACAUACAUCAACCUCCCAUCUCAGCCAAGACCUCCACCCACCCGCUUGACGGCAUCAUCCAACGCGGCCGCGCCGAAACCCCACAUCGUCAGCGUCGAUGAAGCCGCUUCAAACGCUACCGUCGGGGUUGAAUCCAUCCUGUUCCUCAACCUCCCGCAUCGCAACGACCGAUACGACGCCAUGGCGAUCCAAGCACACCUGUCCAAGUUAAAGAUGACGCGCUUCCCUGCCGUCGACGGGUCGAAGCUCACAAGCCAGGGCAUGCCACCUGCCGAAAACUCCCAGGCCCCCCUCAAGGACGGCGAGAAGGGCUGCUUCCGUGCGCACGCCAACGUCUGGCAGCACAUGCUGGAGAAGGACGUACCCGCCGCGCUGGUGUUCGAAUCCGACGCCGGCUGGGACGUCAACUUCAGGCCCAUCAUGGGGAAGCUGAACGGCGGGUUCCGCAAGCUGCUGCAGCAGGAACACCCGGACAAGCGAGAGGUCUUUGAGGAGAACCCCGACGACCCCUGGCUGGCCCGGUCGGGCACGUGGGAUCUGCUCUCGGUCGGACACUGCGUCGACGCACGAGGCAACGGCGCCUACGUCAUCUACGACGACCCCCACGCGCCGAGCACCAACUACCAGGUCGACGUGGACGGCGGCCAGGCGGUGCUCAACCACAAGCGGAUCGUGUACCGGGCGCACAGCCUGUUCUGCACGACGGGCUACCUGAUCUCGCUCUCGGGCGCGGCGCGGCUCCUCGUGCGCAUGAACUGGAACUUUGACGCCCCGGUCGACGUCAUCAUGAACGCCAUGAUCAACAACGGCGAGCUGAGGGCGUACAGCAUGCAGCAGAGGCCCGUGGUGCAGUGGACCUACAUCCCCGGCAUCGGCAAGGGCAGGAGCAACAGCGACAUCCAGAGCGACGGCAAGCCCGAGGAGGGCACCGAGGAGGGCUGGGACCGCGCCAAGAAGGAGAGGACCGUCUACGAGUACCACGGCGGCUAUGCCGACGCCAACAUAGUGGACUUUGCUCUCAGCAGUGCGUGGCAUCGCAUUAUUGGCCACAUGUAG